AUGCGAAUAGCAUUGUUGUCUCCAUAUGUCUUUGUGUUUUGGGCCUCCAUCCACUCUUCGACCGCAAAGCAUAUGCUAGAACGGCCGGUUUUCCAUCAAUCCACGAACCUUGAUGAAAAUGUCCGUCGUGAUGCCUUCGACAUGAUCGGGGCAGGAUAUGGCCUGGAAAGGAGAGCACCACUCCCGCAGGGGGAUGCCCCGGAUCAGUCUGCAACAGCGCAAAACCAGGCAGCAGAGACUGCAGAAUCGGCGCCACCGUCCUCCUUUGAUGAACAACAGUUCAACAUCACCACUACAAGGGCCUGUCUCGAUGCUCUUGAUGAAUUGGAGAGUGUUGUGAACCCAUCAGGCAUGGCGGCUUGCUUCAAUAUACCCGUUUUCGACAGCACAACCGGCGCAUUCGAGGCUGAUAUUAGACUUUACAAAGUGACUGAUGGUGUCGACGAUUUUGAGGGAAUCCCGCCUUCUGAGUAUACUCUGCAAGUGAAUAUACCUCAAGCCACAAUCUCGGACCCCCGUCGACUCGCUGGAGAUGCCACGGAAGGCCAACCGGAGAUGGCAUUGUUGCAGGAAUUCCGACAUUUUGGACAAAUAUCGACCGUCUUGCAACUCGACAAACUGACGCAAGACCACAUCCGCGUUCUUCUAAUCCCCAACAUAACCAUUGGCGCCGUCAACCCCAAAACCGUAGAACUCGUCAUGACCACUCUGUCCUCCGACACUCUAUCUUACGUCGCUGGAUUCUUCAGAAACGCAGACAACUCCCCUGUCAACAUCACUAUACCUGAUGCCAACGCCCAACUCCCUGCCAUCGUGGCCGCAGCGACGGCAUUUGUUUUGCCAGGGACUACGCUAGGCAUCUACCCCACUGGCCUGAUAGUCACAUGUAUUUGGGCGGGGAGCUUUGUAUUCGCUGUGGGGUAUGGCACUUUGACUCGGAUGAAAUUCCGCGAUCAUUAUAGGAGACGGCUACGGAUGGCGGCUGCGAGGGCGGAGUGGAAUGCAAGGAUGUAA